UACAACCACCUCGUUCGUUUCAGGUAUCGCGUGCGACGAACUUUGCCAUCUCUUUCGCUCGGUUUAGGCGUGCUCUGGAUGCCAAUGUUUUAGCUCCCGAGGUGUUCCAUCUUAACCCUAAGAAGAGCGACACGAAACUGUUCCGAAACGUUUGCAAAUCACUUCCAGCGAGUCUUUCUUGGUACGGAGCCGUAGCAUUCAAGGCUUUCCCUCUUGACAUGAGUCAGUACAAAUCCUUGUUCAAUGGAACCCGUAUUCCAAAAAAGGAUAAAGAUGUUCUGUAUCAGGACACGACACAAAAACACUUCAUGGUUAUGUGUCGCGGUAGAAUAUAUGCGGUAGACAUAUUUGAUGAUAAAGGUAAUGUACUGCCUGCUGAUUGUGUGCAUAAUUCAUUGGCCUAUAUCCUCCAUAAUGCAAAACCGCAAGAUGCCGAUAAAUGUGUCGGUUCCCUGACCAGUUUGGAUCGUGACACAUGGGCGAAGGUUCGUGAUGAAAUGUUGGAAGCCGAUAAUGCCCAGAAUUUUCGACUAGUUGAUGGCGCUCUCUUUACUCUGUGCCUAGACGACUUGAAGUCACAAGAACCUACAAGACUGAUUCAAUCACUUCUUAUUGGAGAUGAUGCUAGCAACCGAUGGUUUGACAAGAGUUUCCAGCUUAUAAUGGAUGGUGAGUAA